AUGGCAAUUGACAAGAAAAACGGUGGUAAAUCAUGCUCUGGUGGUCGUUUUCUUAGGGAUCCUAGAUCUUUUGAUGGCGUCAACGAAGAAAGGGCAGCCACUUGGAUGUCAAGAAUGAAUCGUCUCAAGAAAAGCGCAAGAAUCCAUGAUGAAGAAACGCUGCUCAUCGUUGAAGAAAAUUUGGUUGACAAGGCUGAAUCAUGGUGGAACGUGGUUGGGCCCAAGGCCGACACUUGGGAAAAAUUCGAGAGUCUGUUCAAGACACAAUACCUAUCUGACUUGGAGGAUAGUUCCGUUGACAAAGUAGCCAUACGAAUGGAGGAGCUGUUCAAUUUUCUAGGCAACAAGGAUCAAAGCCUUCUGGUGCGCACCUUCUUGAAUGCCAUUAAUUCCAAUAUUGCGUAUGAAGUUGAGAAGGAAAGUAAACCUGCCACUUUUGCGGUUGCCAAGGAAAGGGCAAGACAGGUGGAAAAAUCUCUGUUGAAAUACGGUGUUGUGGUCAGCAAUCGUCAAGGCACUUUGAAAACUGGUUCUUUGAGCAACAUGCAGGAACAAGUAGCGGAUAACUACGAAAUUACGGACAGUAAUCCGAGAUUUCGGCCAUGUCAAGUGUGA